AUUUACUACCAGUGUCAGCGUCGUCGUUAAGUUUCAUUCUUAUUUAGUUCUUAUUUACGAUACCAACACUAAUUAAGGUAGUAGCGUUUACCUUUUAGCAUAGAAUGCUGGGUGAUAUACGGACACCUGUUGCACGCAAUUCAACACUGAUAGAGUGGAUAUAAAAUGCUACCACAAACUGUCAUCCUACCGUUUAUUUUGGCGUUGCGAUUCUGCAAGGGUUCCUGGACAGAACCUGUGUCAUACAAGCACCCUGGUAAUAUCACCAUAGCUGGACUUUUCCCUUUACAUUACAUUUCAGACCGACCGGAUAAUUACAGCCUAGAAGAAGCACCGGAAGCCCUGGUAUGUCGAAGAUAUAACUUCUUAGGGUUUCGGUGGAUGCAAGCCAUGAUCUUUGCCAUUCAAGAAAUAAACAAUAGAAGCGACAUCCUGCCAAAUAUAUCGCUUGGUUGGCAACUUUUCGACACAUGCAACACGCAUGCCCGUGCAGUCACUCAAGCUUUACACGUGGUUGAUUCGAUUUAUAAGCGUCCAAAAAGUUUGCACACAGGUUUGUCGGCACUCAUUGGCCCGACCGCUUCAGACAAAUCGAUCGUGGUGUCUAACAUUCUAAGUGUAUUCGAUGUUCCGCAAAUUAGCUACGGGUCGACGAGCAGAUUGUUGUCCAACAAAAACAUUUACAAUUCGUUCCUGCGGACGAUACCAAAUGACGAUGAACAGGCGACGGCGAUGGUUGAGCUAUUAUUGCAUCAUAAUUGGACCUGGGUCGGUGCUGUAGCUGGGGAUGAUGAUUACGGGCGUCCCGGAAUUUCCCGUUUUAAAGAAGAAGCAGAGAAACAUGGCAUAUGUGUGGAGUACACAGCUUAUGUAUCCGAGUCCAUGAGCGAGGAGCACUUGAAGCAGACUGCUCGUGAGAUCAAAAACUACAAUGCCACCGUGUUUGUGACUUUCAUAAGCGCCACCCACCUUGUUCCACUUGCUCGGUAUCUCAGCGAGUAUUCGGUGACAGAUAAAGUGUGGAUUGCAAGUGAAGCGUGGGCGACUUCAGAUACAGUGCGAGCUAUCGACGCACGAGUGUUCCAAGGCACAUUAGGAAUCGCCACGCGCGGUGGUGAAAUGCCGGGAUUUCGGGCGUUUCUUGAAGGUGUUUCCCCCAAAACACAACCUGAAAGCCCAUACAUAACUGAAUUCUGGGAGAAAUCGUUUCAGUGUAAUUGCCCAGACACCGUGUGCGCCAAAACAGAAAACGAUGGUGGCAUGUCCUCUCACAACAGCUAUGCUGAGAACUGCACCGGAAACGAGUCGUUAACAGGAGAUGGUGCAAUCACAUCUGCUUAUUUGGGUUGGACUGAUUUGGAGAAGAGUUAUACCACUUACCUUGCUGUGUAUGUGGUGGCGUCGGCCUUGCAUAAUAUUAGCACGUGCGUUGAAGGCAAAGGCUUGCUCAAGAAUGGUGCCUGUCCAUACUUAAACAACCUCACUACAUGGCAACUCUUAUCAUACAUCAAAAAGGUCGAUUUUUUUCCUCCUGGACACGAUUACAAGACGCAUAAUGAUACUUUUAAUUUUGAUGAGAACGGAGAUCCAAAUGCUUCAUACAAGCUAGUUAGUUGGAUACCAAAGAUGAACUGUCGGGGCAAUAUCACCGUUGACUUUGUACAUGUUGGUAAUUACUCAAGCAUGGUAACCCCCAAGUGGUCGAUCAACGAGAGCGCCAUCUACUGGCACAAACAUAAUGACAUUCCCAAAUCAGUCUGCAACGCCGACUGCCAGCCAGGAUAUUACAAGAUUCAGCUGCAGAGUGCGUGCUGUUUUAAGUGCGCUGAGUGUCCGUCAGGCGAAUAUUCAGUUGACAUCAAUAGUCCAGUAUGUACACCAUGCAACCUUACUCACAGGGCUGACGAUAACCGAACUAGUUGCAUUCCGAAGAAUGAAGAAUAUAUUCGUUGGAGUGACGCUUUCGGAGUUACGUUUUGCGUUUUGUCUGGCAUUGGGAUCUUACUUACGCUAUUUACUGCUGGGUCGUUUAUGAAGAUGCGCAGAACCCCCCUGGUAAAAGCAACAAACAGGGAACUAAGUUUUCUUUUAUUUCUAUCAAUAUUUUGCUGCUUUCUAACUCCACUUUUGUACCUUGGAAAGCCGCAGGAUUGGAAUUGCAAAGGAAGAACUGUGACAUUUAGCCUGAGCUUCACUUUCUGCAUUGCGGCGAUUCUGGUAAAAACUCUUCGAGUGCUCACUGCUUUUGAAGCGAGGAUACCCGUCACAUACAAAAAGCGAACAAAAUGGCUUGGGGAACAUGUACAAGUGUUUGUUGUGAUGGUAGUGUCUCUUGUGCAAGUUAUUCUCUCAGUAACAUGGUUAGUUGUUGACCCACCGAAGGUCAUGUUGUCUCAAAGCAAGACAUCUGAUAUCUCACUAAUCGUGGAGUGCAAUGUUGGUAACUUGGUCAUCAUGGGGUUCGUGUAUGGUUACCUCUGUCUGCUUGCUUUAACAGCUUUCGUGUUCGCUUUUCGGGCUCGCAAGCUUCCAGAAAACUUUAAUGAAGCAAAGUUUAUAACGUUUUCCAUGCUCAUCUUCUUCAUCGUGUGGUUGUCUUUUAUACCAGCAUAUCUCAGCACAACUGGUAUCAACGCUACAGCUGUAAGCUGCAUUGCAAUCUUAUCUUCAACUUUUGCAUUACUGGCUUGUAUUUUUUUCCCGAAACUUUACGUGAUAUAUUGGACACCACAAAGAAACACAGUAGAGGAGGUAAGACAAAAUACAGCCACACAUGCCAUUCGGUCAAGUCGUUCAGUGGCAUACAGUGUAAGAAUUAAACCACCAGAUAUGAGUUCAGAUUCAAACAAAUCAAUGGUACAAGAAACUUCCCCUCCAAGAACUGGACGCAAAGGAAUGUAUGGUCGUAACGCAAACGACAGAAAUCCAUUUAAAGACUUCGAUAACAGCAACUUUAACAACAGCAACAACAUCAACUUAUCUUCAGUUUCUAAAGCGAGUAACCGACGUCUUAAAAUACAAAAUAGAAAUCGUUCCCACAGUCUUCAACCAGAGCGAUUGCGAAUGAAUCUGAACAACCAAGACAUUUACGAAGAUGUACUUACCACAACAUUUUCAAAAGACAUCAAUCGAUUUUCUGGACAAUCUGAAAAAGAUUCAGUACAGUCGGAAAGUAGUAGCACCAAUGAUACAGAAUCAACUACAUUCAACGUUGAUAUAGCAGGAAAAAUAUCUACGGACACUGCAAUAACAGAUCGGGCAGAAAACUACGAAAAAAUACUAUUUGACGAUGGAAAAAGAAUUAACUUGAAAGUUGCCGUCAAAGUUAACAUUCAACAAACAGCAUGCGACAAAAAUGCACCUUCGGUACAGCUCAACAACAACAAUAAUCAUACACCUUUGGAAACGAUUUUACCGACAAGCGAGCAGCUAGCAAACAGACCAUUAUCAGAGUGCAACAAUACUGGAGCCGAGUUAUCCGUUCAAUCCUCCCGUGAUGAUAUAACGACCACCAACAACAUGUUUGAUUCAUCUUCUGCUUGACGAAGUGGUGACAAAUCAAUUGUUUCUAAUAUUAUUAUUUUCAAUUUUCACUGACAUUCUAUCUCACAAAGCAAUGAAAAAGUGAGUUAUAUUAAUCGUGCUGCAAAUUCCGAAACGUGUUUUUCUAUUUUCUUGUUACUUUAUUAACUGUUUUUCUUAAUACCACUAAUGUUUCUCUGAGAAAUUCAUGCACCAUAAAUUUCAUGCAGAUUUUAAAGCGGGCCAUGAGUCUAUAGAUCAAAUGGUGCCGAUUGGUCAAAUUAAAUUCUUCAUUAUUUUUUAUUUAUUUAUCGCUAGUCUUGCUAUGUUUUUUUAAUAAAAUUCAUUAAAACGAA